AUGGCUUUUAAAUCCAUCAUUCUCUUUCUGCUUUCUAACAUCAUGUUUUUGAGUCCCAUGCAUGCAGAUUUAUUUCGAAAUCUGCAUUUGCCAGGUCUGGUUUUUGCCUCAACACCAAGUCCUCAACUUUCAGGUCUGACAUUGGCUCCGGCCCCAAGUGAUAAUUGUCCAGUACCAAGUCCAGCGCCUUCAGAUGCAGACAUGACAAGGAAUCCCACGCCUUUGGACCCAGACAUUGUCACAGCCCCAAGUCCUGAACCUUCAAGUCGGAGAAUGGCCUUAGUGGCAGCUGAUAUAUGGCCAGCCCUAGGCCUGGCUCCUUCGGACACAGAUAUGGCCCCAGCACCAAGUCCUGCACCUUCAAGCACAGAUAUGGCCCCAGCACCAAGUCAAGCACCUUCAAGCACGGGUAUGGCCCCAGCACCAAGUCAAGCACCUUCAAGCACGGGUAUGGCCCCAUCACCAAGUCCUGCACCUUCAAGUCUAAGCAUGGAAACGUUUCCCCUAUCAGUGCACCCGGGCUCACCUGCCAUGGGUCCAGUACCAGAUUCCGACCCUUUUGAUAUGGGCAUCCAUUUACCACCAGAUCUUGCCAAGGAGACUUUAAAUCUAGACUGUACCGGCUGUAGAAUAGAUCCUUUUGCUCUUGCAGCCUGCGGGAAUCUUAUAAACGGUACUUUAAAACCUGAUACUUUAAAUCUUUGUUGUUCAGCAUUAAGCUCCCUCUCAAGACAAGACGCUUCAGUUUGCCUCUGCCAUGCCAUUAAGAUAGAGGCAUUGGUAAUUGCUGAUUUUGAUGUCCCGGAUGCAAUAAGGAAAGCAUUGGCUGGGUGCCGCAAAUAUUGA